AAUAGUAGCAAUAUGCACAUCAUGAAAAUAAAUAUCAUUUUGACGGUAUCAUCAGUUUUUAUAGCAGUGAAGGCUAAUAGUAUACAGAUUCAACAAAACGUGAUCAAACUUCAACCUAGUAACGAAGAUUUUGAUAUCAAGGGUUGCACUAUAUGUGGCGAGAAGCUUCUUUUUACCGACAAAAGAAACAAACGGAUAAUAAUACACAACGGAGCUGGAAAUCAUAUUGAGGACAUUUCACUUUCUAGUGAACCGUUCGAUAUCGUUGCUUUAGAUGAUGAAAGUGUUGCUGUUUCGUUUGGUAGAAAUAGAUAUAUUGAAAAAAUCAAUAUGAAUACAAAAGUUGUCACCAAAAUUCACUCAGGCGUAAAUUGCUGGGGACUUUCAUAUGACGGAGAAUAUUUGUACGCGGUCAUCGACGGUUAUGGUACUUAUGUUGCAGUUAUAACACUAACAGGAAAACUUAUCAGAAGAAUUCCCGUAGGAAGCGAAUUUGACCAAAUUGAAUAUAUAACAACGUACGGAAAGAAUGUCUUCUUCUCAGUGUUUAUUCCAAAGAACAUUGUUAGCAUAAACUUGAAUGGCAGUGUUCAAUGGCAGUUUCAGAAAAAUAUUUUCAAUCAGCCAAGGGGAGUAACCUCUGAUAUCCAUGGAAAUAUUUUUGUCACUGGAUUUUCGUCACACAAUGUGGUUGUUAUUGAGAACAAUGGUCAUGAUUGUAGUGAAUUACUCAAUAAGGGAAGUGGAUUACACUAUCCGACAUCAAUUUACUUUGAUAAUUUAAAAGCCAGGUUGCUUGUAAGUAAUUUAAACGACGGAUUUGCAUAUCUUUAUAACAUCGUGUAUGAUUGAACUUUUGGUUUCGUGCUGAAGGAAACUUUAUUAUUAUUUCUUAUCCAAAGAUAAGAACACAGUCUUGUUAAAAUAAAUGAAAUAACAAAUUAUAUGGCAAGUAAUAUUAUUCAACUACUGUCUAAAGAUAUUAAUUGAUUUAUUCGAAUGCAUAUUUCGAGAGAAAACAAUGUAUCCAAUGACAAAUAUUUACCUAAACCAAUUGUACAUCAACCAUUUUAUCAAAACGUUACAUUUAAAAGCGCAUGACGUUUAACGUGAUGCAUAUAAUUUUUGUCCAGGUGAAUAUGCUGUUUAAUUCUAAAAGUAGUUCUUAUAGAAACCUAUAAGAAUGAUACCAAUAUUGAAUAAAGCAUUAGUUUGUUUA